AUGCGCCCAAACCGACCCCACGAAUACACGCCUCUUCCUCUGGACGAGAAGGAGGUCCUCUCGACGAGCUCCCCACGGCGUCAUGACAAAGGACGACGACUACGUACCCGCGCUCUCCAGGCGGUCGUCGCAGCCGCAGCCGUCUACGGCCUCCUGAGCGUCUUUGGGUGUUCACACACCAAGCCCUGCGACACGAUCGAUCAAGGCUACCGCUGCAGCCCCAAGACGACCCACUUCUUGGGCCAGUACUCGCUCUGGUACUCGGUGCCCUCUGAGAUCGACGUUGCGCCCCCGAGAGGCUGCGAGGUCACCUUUGCAAACGUCCUCUCCCGCCAUGGUGGCCGCGACCCGACGUUUGGCAAGACCAUGGCCUACCACAUCCUGAUCGCCGACAUCCAGAAUACAAGCACGUCAUACCCGGGCAGGUUCAAGUUCCUGAAAGACUACGACUACACGCUGGGCGCGGACGAGUUGACGGAUGCUGGAAGACAAGAGAUGGUGAACUCGGGCGCGCACUUUUACCGCCGGUACCAGAAGCUCGUCGACGAGAACACGCCGUUUGUGCGCUCCGGCGGCCAGCAUCGCGUGGUCGAGUCGGCCCAGCGUUGGCUCAUGGGCGUUGCACAGUCGCUGAAGGAAGAGCCCCGGGAAAUUGACGUCGUCAUCCCAGAGGGUCCGAGUUGGAACAAUACGCUGUCGCACGAUAUCUGCCCUGCUUUCGAAGGCGGCCUACACCACGGCCUGGGAGACCGAGCGCAGCAUGUGUGGGGGGACAAGUUCUUGCCGCCGAUCCAGGAACGCAUCAACUCAGCCCUGGGUACGAAUCUGAGCACCACCUCCAUCGUGUACCUGAUGGACAUGUGCCCCUUUGACACGCUUGCACACCCUUCCGCGAAGCUGUCCAAGUUCUGCAAGCUGUUCACGGACAAGGAAUGGCGCGAGUACGACUACUUCCAGACGCUGGGCAAGUACUACGGCUACGGUGUAGGAAACCCUCUUGGGCCUACGCAAGGCGUUGGGUACGUCAACGAGCUGCUGGCACGGCUGACGCAGAAGCCUGUCAAAGACAAUACCAACACCAACCGCACGCUCGACUCGGAUCCAAAGACAUUCCCUCUCGACCGUAAGGUGUAUGCCGAUUUCAGCCAUGACAACGAUAUCAGCGGCAUCCUAGCGGCGCUUGGGCUCUACAACAAGACUGCGGCGUUGUCAAACACCACCAUUCAAGACACCAAGCAAACUCAUGGUUACUCGGCUGCAUGGACCGUCCCGUUCGCCGCCCGCAUGUAUGUUGAGAAGCUGCAAUGCAAGCACGAGGAGCAAGAGUUUGUCCGCAUCAUCGUAAACGACCGAGUGCAGCCACUGGAGUUUUGCGGCGGGGAUGACUUUGGCAGAUGCACACUGAGUAAGUUUGUGGAGAGCCAAAGCUUUGCCCGAAGUGGUGGGCUUUGGGAUCAGUGCUAUGAUUAG